CAAAUUCAAAAGAUUUUGAAUUCAAAAUAAAUUUGAACAACCACACACAUCAAAACAUAGUGUACCAGCAUCUAUGCAUAGCAUUUGAAUCAGUUCAUUUAAAAAACUAGGAAAAAGGGGGGAAAAUCCUACGUUAGAGGGCCUUGAAGUUUCUUGCACUGCAGGCUGCAGCACUGCUGCCCGGGACUGGCACACCCCAAGUAAUUCCAAUCAAAGUUGUUUAACUGGCACAAAGUGUGUGAGCAAGAUUUAUGUAUUUUCUUCCGUUUGUAUCGAAUUAGUUAUUAGGGUGAAGGAGACAUCUUCCACCCCACUGCAUCCAGCAAGUGUUCUGAAUGGCUUCUUGCUCCUCUGUCCGCGCCGCACCAUCGCUCCCCGUCUCGGCGCCGCCUAGCCGGCGGCGCGCGAGUACGGCCGUAUGUCUUCAGGGUGUUCGCCGCAGCAGGGUCGCGUCCUGCCGCGUGCGGUGUAGCGCCGGGGCCGGGCAGGGCGGGGUCAAGGUCCCUGCGAAGCUGGCGGAGCUGUGGUCGGCGGCGAAGGGCGCGCCUCCUCUGGCCGUGCUCGCGGGUGUGGCGGCGGCGGUGGCGAUAUACAAGGUCGGGUCCAGUCUCCUUGCGCCGCGCCAUCCUCCGCCCCGUCGGCUGGAGGCCCAGACGGCCCCGCCGCCUCCAGUCCCGGAGCCGGUGCAGGUGGGCGAGAUAACGGAGGAGGAACUACGGCAGUACGACGGGUCCGACCCCGAGAAACCGCUGCUGAUGGCCAUCAAGGGGCAGAUCUAUGACGUCUCAGAGAGCAGGAUGUUCUAUGGACCUGGCGCAGCUUAUGCUCUGUUUGCUGGUAAAGAUGCCAGUAGGGCAUUGGCUAAGAUGUCCUUUGAAUCACAGGAUCUGAAUGGUGAUAUAUCUGGUCUAACGCCAAUGGAGCUCGGCGCCUUGAAUGACUGGGAGUACAAGUUCGCCACCAAGUAUGCGAAGGUAGGAACCAUAAGAAGAGCAGCGCCCGUCGAAGUGGUUUAUGGCAACAUUUCGCCUGAAAUGAGGGAAGAAGUUAGUGAACCUGUGGUUGAACCUGAGCUUGAGCCUGAGCCCGAGCCUGAGCCGCAUGACGACGAUGCACCAUGAAUAGGAAAAACACAAAGACAUCAGUUCGGGUAGGAAGAUGAAAUGGAGGGCGGCACACUGCUUAUAAUGUUCCAGAGGUAGUCAGAAUUUCGAAAUAAUGAAAAGCCUCAUAGGCUCGUACUUGUUGCGUGGAUAUUCAGAAAGAAUAGUGUCUAAAUUUAAACCAAUAGUAGAUGUGUACUCUGUAGUAGGAUUGAAUUGUUGGAUAUGUACAUGUCAUUCUUCUAUUUUCGUGAAACGUGUCACUUCCUGAUCUCUUUACU